AUGUCAGAGAUGAAAUUGCUUCAUUUUUAUUGGUAUGCUCACUCAAUCUCCAGAAAGUCAAAUGGAAAUUACCAAAAGCUCUUUGAAGUGUUGAAAGAACUCAUUCCAAAACCAAAUAUUCUUCUCAAGCAAGAAAUUUUAAUGCAAGUAGCAUCUUGGUGUUUAGGUGAAUAUGGAGACUUGAUUGUUGACAAUGAGAUCACUGAUAGUGAAAUUGUUAAUUUACUCUUCAAUUUGAUGUCUAUUUUGCCAAGAGGAUCUGUCAGCAAUGUGAAAGGACGAAGAGUUCUGGCAACUGAUCCUAACAAUGUUAUUAGAGCCUAUGUUUUGACUGCUUUGCUUAAAUUAACCAAAUCUUUCCCUUCCAAGAAAGCAGAAAUUGAACAAUUUGUGUCAAAAUAUACAGACAAUGUUCAUCUUGAUCUCCAACAACGAGCCUGUGAACUACUCAAAAUUUCCUCAUUGCCUGACUCUCUUAAGGAAAAUGUUUUAGACAAGAUGCCAGAAUUCCAAAUUGAUUCCAUCAUUGGUCAACUCUCCAAGGAUACUGAUGAAAAGGAAGACACUGAAGGAAAAGAAGAAGAAGAAGGAGAACAGCAUCAUCCUGUUGCAGGUAGAGGAAUUUCAGAACUGCUUAUUGACAUUCAAAAUGGCUCUUUACCAUCUUCCACCAUCAACCCACAAGAAAGCACCACUCUGAUUGACUUCUUUACUCCAUCCGUCGAUACGACAACAAGCUCAAAUGCCAAACCAGCAACACCAUCCUCAGAUUCACAUCUUCUUCUCGAUGACGUUCUUUCUGCUCCAACUCUUCCUCUUGAAGCACUUGUUCCACAAAAAGAAAAGAAAGUGGUACAAGUUUACAAUAAGAAUAAUUUUAAUGUGAGAUUUGAAUUUAAGGAAUUGGAACCAAAUACUCUCAAUGUGAUUGCCUAUUUUUCAAAUAACAAUCCAAAGGAGGCUAUGGGACUUGAUUUCAAGGUAGCAGCUCCAAAAUAUGCUGAAGUGACACUCUUCAAAGCCACUGCCACUUCUGUGUUGCCAAAUACCACCGAUAGUGUCUCUCAAAAGUUCAAGAUAAAGGUUGUUGGACAAAACCAAUCACAGACAACCAAAUUCCAGUCAAGUAUAAACUCAUUUGUAAGAUUGGUGAUAAGGUACUUGAUGAAACCGGCACUGUGA